AUGGAUGGAGCUGAAAUCGAAGAAACCGUCGAAGUGGAACUGGAUCUCAAGCCGACGUCACAUUUUGAGGUUUCCGAUUCGAAUGAUGUGAGGACCGAUGAUGAAAUCCUAGCGUAUGCACAUGAGAUCCCACCACCUGAUGAAGGUUUCCUUCAUGUGUGUGCAGCGAUUGAUCCGAAUAUGUCUGACGACUUGAAGGAUAACGUUUGGGCACAAGUAUGUAUGAUGAUUGAAAAGGUCGAUUUAGAUGAUGAAACAGUCGCGUAUGUUGCCUGUGCCUUCUACUGUGUGAUGCUUGAAAUGGAGAAAUUUCAACAAAGGCCAUUUCCUUAUUCUAUGCUUUCAAUUUUAAAAAUAUGCAGUGUUAGUGUAAUUGAGUUUUUCGAUAAACUAAGUCGAUGGAUUGAAAUUGCUACUUCAUCGAAAAAGAUUAUUGAUCAUUCUCACAGAAUAGAGUCAUCACUUUCUGUUUCCUUUGUGAUAUUCAAGAAACUUUUGCCCAUAUUCCGCAGUCUCUUUCAAUUGGUUGGGAACGAUUCUGAGCAUUCAUUCGAUUCGAGUGAUCUUUUCACAAUUAUUUGGUUGAUGACCAUAAUCAUGAAAAAAUCGUUGCCAACGGAGGAUCUCAUAACGUCAUUUCAUUUAUUGCUUUGUGUGGUUGAAUGGGUGUACAAAGAUCUCUGCUUUCACGACUGUGAGGAACAUGUCGAUCCAGAUUCCGUGGAUCCGAUGAUGGAGAGUAAGGACGGCGUGAGAGUGCUGGAGGUGCUGUGCCGCUCAUUUGAUGGAGUUCUACUGGACGCUAAACAUUUCCGUACUCACUGGUUCAACCAGAGACGCGAGACUAUCUUACCUUGUGUUGAUCACAAGGAUCUUAAUAUUGCAGCUAAUCACAAGAAGUAUAUCUCUUCACUAAAUGAUAUCUAUCAAAGUAUUAUGCUUAAAAAAGGGGAGUUGGAUGAACGGAUGUUUCUACCUGAAGACAUUUCUAAUGUUUUUGAUCCGGCUUUCGAUAGCUCAGCUGUCGAGCUGCUCCGACGCGGAUCCACAGACACUAGAUUUGCUGAUGCGGAACUUCUCCUGACAAUGUCCACACAAAAUUGUUUGGAGAAAUUGGCUGAGGUGAAGCGCUCGCCGGUGCGAACGGACGCGAAGAGCUAUGUGAUUUCCUCUCAGCAAUUGCGACCACUGUGUCCGAUCACCCAAACCGAUACAUCUGCGUCAUCAACGCAACGGCUCAGUGGUAUAGUGCCAAGUGAUUUCAAACUCGAGGGAUCGGCUUUGCAACGGUACUGCUUGCAGACGAAGGAUAAUCCUCUAUCGGUGAUCGAACUCAGUGCGUACAUGAUUGGCGAAAGCUUGAGGAACGAGUUCUGGAGGAGCUGGCUUGGGACACAUGAUAGCCCACUUUGGACAUCGUUGAGUCGGAAACCGGACAGCGUUCCUACAUGUGAAGAAGCAUGGGGUCAAGCGAAAAGCACUAUCAUUGUUUCGCCUAGCAAAAGAAUGCGCUACGAGGUGGAUCCUAACAAUUUGCCUCAUAAUCAGCUGCCUCCAUGUAGUGCACAAAUGUCGUUUUUCAGCAAGCUAUACUAUCUUGCUUCCAUGCGCCUUUCGGACAUUUGUGAGCGAAUUCGGAUAGACGAACGUGGUCGGCGAAUGAUGUGGACUGUGUUGGAACACAUUUUGAAAGAAGAACGAUCACUUCUAAUUGAUCGACAUCUGGAUCAGAAUUUGCUUUGUAUAGUUUACAUAGUGUGCAAAGCGAACAAGGCAGACGUUUCAUUUGUGGACAUUAUGUCUCAUUACCGCAAUCAACCGCAGUCCCACUCGCGUAUCUAUCGCAUGGUUCGGGUGGACUCAAGCAUAUGUCCGUCGAACGGGAGUUGUCGCAAUGGUGAUGUAAGCUCCAACGAAUCUUCUGCGGCCAAUUCUCAGCAGCUACGGAGUGACUCAGAAGUCGGACCAUCUCCAGAGGUGCCAGUCGCGCUGGAUGGCUCAACCGCGAUAGUGAUUCCUACGACACCCGAACCGCAGUCAGCAUCUGAGCACCAUGUUGAUCUGAUAGUCUACUACAACAAAGUGUUUUUGCCACGGCUAGAAGGGUUUAUGAGGCAUCUAAGUGAAAGUUCCACAUUGGCAAGUCUAACACCGAUGCCCACACGACGGAUUCCUCGCGGAACACCUUUGAAGAGGAGUCUUUCGGAUAAGGUUACCGUAGUACCAUACAGUCAGUUGCCGUAUAUGCAGCGAGACGUGACCAGUGUCCGAUACAAGAUAACCCAAAGCCCGAGUCGAGAUUUCCGAGCCAUAAACCGACUUCUCAGUAGACCUCGGCCAAUGUACAGAAUCGCUGGAGCACCACAGGUAGCCGCUCCUUUGUUAUUUGCUAAGUAUUAG